CUUCUUUUUCUCUCCUCUUUGCCUCUCUCUCUCCCUCUCCCCCUCCCUCUCUCACUAUCGUGAUUGUUGCGUGUGUGUGAACUGCUUCAGCUUUCUUUGGUUUUCCGAAGCACAGCACAGCACAGCACAACACAACCAUGGCACCAGCAUCCGACGUCGAAAAAGGCCCUGAAGCAUACAGUACACCUUCACCCGAUCUCGGUCCGACAAAGAGUCAUGAUGGAACGAAGCAGCGACGUCGCAGCUCCGCUGUCGUCAAUGGAGAAGUUCUUGUAACCGAAAUCAACGAUGACCGAUUUGAAUCGACGCAGAGAGGUCUGAAGAGUCGACAUGCGCAAAUGAUUGCUUUGGGUGGGACGAUAGGAACCGGACUCUUCGUAGGCAGUGGCCAAACCCUCGCCCGAGGCGGUCCAGCCUUCAUCCUCGCCGCCUUCAUCACCAUGUCCUUUCUCGUCUGGUGCAUCGUCUCGGGCGUAGCCGAAGUCGCCGCCUGGUGCCCCACCAAAGGCUGUUCCAUGAACAUGUUUGGAUGGAGAUAUGUCAGCCGCAGCAUGGGAUUUGCCAUGGGGUGGUUAUAUUUCUAUUCCUUGGGCAUCUUAGUCCCCUAUGAAAUUACUGCUGCGGGAUUGGUCAUUGAGUAUUGGAAUGCUCCGGUUCAUAUUGCUGUGUGGAUUAGUAUUAUGAUUGUGGUGAUUGUUGGGUUGAAUGCGCUUCCCGUGAAAUUUUAUGGUGAGACGGAGUUUUGGUUUGCGGGGACGAAGAUUAUUAUGAUGAUUGGGUUGUUGUUUAUGUCUGUUGUGUUGUUUUUUGGUGGUGGGCCGGAUAAGGAUCGAUUGGGCUUUCGGUAUUGGAAGAACCCCGGAGCUGCAAACGAAUACCUCGUCGACGGCAACACCGGCCGCUUCCUCGCCCUCCUCUCCGCCCUCGUCCUCUCCGCCUUCCCCUUCGCCUUCGCCCCCGAACUCCUCAUCGCCACCGGCGGAGAAAUGGAAUCCCCCCGCCGCAACCUCCCCACCGCGGCACGCCGCUACAUCUGGCGACUCGUAAUCUUCUACGUCGGCAGCGUGCUCGCCAUCGGCGUAAUCUGUCCCUCCGACGACGCACGACUCACCAGCGGCGGCGCGGGAGCCGGAAGUUCCCCUUUUGUAGUCGCGAUAAAAAACGCCGGAAUCCCUGCUUUGGACAGUAUUAUCAACGGAGGAAUUAUCCUCUCAGCCUGGUCUUCAGGAAAUUCUUUCCUCUUCCUCUCGAGUCGAUCUCUCUACGCUCUCGCCCUCUCGGGAAACGCUCCCCGGAUAUUCAAAGCUUGCACCAAACGCGGAGUACCCUAUGCCGCCGUCAUCGCGUCUUCACUCUUCUGCGCUCUCGCAUAUUUGAAUGUGGGAAGUGAUAGUGCAGUGGUAUUUAAUUGGUUUGUCAAUUUGACGAAUACGUCGGGAUUCAUCAGUUGGAUUUGUUGUGGGAUUGUGUAUAUUCGAUUCAACAAGGCUUGUCGCGCGCAAGGGGUGACGUAUGCGGAAAUGCCGUAUCAUUCUCCUUUUCAAAAUGGGGCGUGGGGCAGUUGGACGGCGAUUGGGGGGUUUACGUUUUUGUGUUUGAUUAAUGGGUUUAAUGUGUUUUUUCCCGAGAAUUGGUCGGUUAGUGGGUUUAUGACGGCUUAUGUUGGAAUUCCGCUGUUUUUGGCGAUUUAUGCCGGACAUCGCAUUUAUACGUGGAGUGACCCGUGGGCACAUCCUUCACACGAGGUGGAUUUGCAUACGGGUCUGGAAGAGUCGAUUGCAGAGGAAGGUCCUGUGGUUUCCUUUAAAGGCUGGCAAAAGAUUCGGCAUAUCUGGGAGUAAAUCGAAGGAACAGAAAGAGAAUAGAAGAAAGAAUAGAAGUACAUUUUUCAUUUUUGCGAAUUUCACUUCAACAUCUCCAAAAACUUCACCACCGCCCUCACCACUUCCCCAUCCUGCUCCUGCUGCACCCAAUGUCCCGCUCCAUCAAUCCACGUCGUACCCCGAUAACAACCCCGUCGCACACGCUUCUCAUCCUCAUACCCUUCCCACGCACCCGGUUGUUGCCAAUUCCCCCAAUCCUGCUUCCCACUAAUAAACGCACACGGUACUUCAAUUCGCGCACCGGCAUACAACAACAAAUCCUUCUUGGAAAUCUCCGUCGAAGCCGUUUGAGCACGAUACCACAGCAACGCACGUUGAAACCCCGUGCGAUUCCAUUCGCCGACAUAAACGGCGAGAUCUUCUUGCGAGAGCCAGGAUUCUGUUGUGGUGAAAUCUUCGCCACGCAUGUUGUUGGCGAUGCACGAGGGAAAGGUGUCGUGGAGUUGCAUGAUGUAGUAUUCGGGCAUGAGAGCGAGGGACUUGGCGCUCCAUUCGGGUAAGGGGUGUAAAUUGUGAUUGGGGGCCCAAUUUGCGGAUUUGAGAUGGAAAUAGCCUCGGAGGUAUUGGGAGAGACCUUGUGGGGGGUGGUUCCAAUGGGAUGCUGCGUCGGGGCUGGAAUUGUACCAUUUGUAAUGUUUGCGAGGUGGAGAGAGUUUGGCGAGUUCGGCUUGAAUGUCAUAUGGCGGGUUGGGGGGCUCGUUUCCCAAUUGAGGGCUGGGAGGGGGAUGGUAGGGGUGGCUCAUUUGGAUUGUUGCUUUGAAGAUGUCCGGGCGGAUUAAUGCUGCCAUGGCGGAAGAUACAGCACCGAAAUCGUGGCCGAUAAUGCAGGCCGUUUCUGUGUAUCCUAACUUGUACACCAGACAGACGAGGUCACGAACGAGGUUGGUCAUGGUAUAUUGUGUCAGAUCGAUUUCCUCGUCGGGCUGGUCUUUUUCCCCGCCGGUGGUUCUGCCGUAGCCUCGUUGGUCCAUGGCGACACAGUAGUAUCCGGCCUUUGCCACCGCAGACAGGACCUUUCGCCAUGAGAAGGCGAGCUCGGGGAAGCCGUGGCAGAAGAGGACAAGAGGGUGGUGGGGAUCUCCAGCUUUGAGGAUGUGGAAGUUGAGACCACAGGAAGAUGUACAAUCAAUGUAGUCCUCGCUCACGCCUGGGGGAAGCGGUAAUGGCUCGAGGUGUUGGGGUUGUGACAUGAUGUGUUUGGGCAGUAUAAUGCCAAUAAUGCACGAUGGAGGUUGCCAUAGCUCGUAACAGUCACAAGAUAUGAGGAGGUAUGUCUCUCUGGCGGGUGUCUGUUAAACGGUAGGAUGGCUUGUCGCCGACAUCGGGAGACGCAUGUAGAGGAAUGUAUUCCUGUUCCCCCUCUCCUUUUUUCCUUUUAUAUCUCCUUUUAUAUCUCCUUUUCCCUCUUCUGCUGCUCCAUCU